CCUAUGUAUACACUACGUACAGUAAGCAGACUGACUGGUCGGCGACCUUGUUAGCUAAGUAGCUUAUAUCUUUACUUUUCUAAUAGAAGGCGACGUUUAAACCAGGGAAAUUGAACAACGUUCUGCUGGAGAAUUAGUGAUUUUCAAGAGGGUUAUGCACUUUGGUGUUGGAAAGACGCUCAUAGGAAAGUAGGGUAAAAGGUUGAUUUUUGCUCCGCAUCUUGAAGCUGUGUGGUGUUGUUACACGAAGUCGGCUACUUGCACUUCUGAGACUCAGCCUACGGUCUGGGCGUGUCUGGAUGUAAAGAGGGGACAUUCUAUAUCGUCGAUACAAGACGAGCAACCAUGGUGAAACAGAGGUAGGAAUUUCAGCGAUUUCUGUCCUCGGUGACCCUGCUCCAUGCAUUCCUAUUAAGAUCCCCAGUGUUCCCUCACCCACCUGUGCAAGUGGUCUCAGCCGGUCUCCAGUGAGGACUCUCCCCCUCUACCCCUCCCCGUCCUGCGUAAUGGUUUAACCCACACCAGAUCUGGUCACCAUGAUGAUGGCCUCCAUGGUUGCCAACGGAAACAGGGAUGGCAGACAGGGGGAGGCCCUGGUCCUGAAAGGGGUGGACCCAGAGACCUGCAUGAUCGUGUUCAAGAACCACUGGGCACAGGUGGUAAAGAUCCUGGAGAAGCAUGAUCCUCUCCGCAGCAACACCAGCAGCAACAUGGCUGCCCUUGGUGUCAUCGGCGGCCCCAUGCGUUUCGGCGGGCCCAUCCCGGGGGACGAGGCCAGCGCGGUGCAGAACUACGUGGAACACAUGCUGUUCCUGCUCAUGGAGGAGGACGCCGGCCAGGCGGGAGCCAUGGGACCCAUCCUGGAGUUUGUGGUGAUGGAGAACGUCAUGGAGAGGCUCUUCCUCUGGAGCCUGAGGCGACAGUUUACUGAUGAUAUGAAACUGGAGCAGCUCAAGAUGUACGAGAUGAUUGUGGGCCAGGCGCGGCAGCCCUUACUGCACCACAAACCUGUGUUACGACCCUUAAUGAUGCUCCUGUCGUCGUGCUCGGGGACAGCUGGCCCGGAGGUGGAGGCUGAGCUGGUGUCAUUACUCAACCAACUGUGCUGUGUCCUGGCCAAGGACCAGUCUGUCCUGGAGCUCUUCUUCCAUACCAGCGAGGACCAGGGGGCGGCCAACUUCCUGAUCUUCUCCCUGCUGAUCCCCUUCAUCCACCGGGAGGGCCUGGUGGGCCAGCAGGCCCGGGACGCCCUGCUCCUCAUUAUGUCACUGUCUGCAGAGAACCAGCGCGUGGCCCAGCACAUUGCAGAGAACACCUACUUUUGUCCGGUGCUGGCCACGGGGCUGAGCGGUCUCUACUCGUCUCUGCCCACCAAGCUGGAGGUGCCCGGUGAGGAGUGGCACUGCCUCCACAGAGAGGACUGGCUACAGAUGCCCACCCUAGUCCAGUUCCUCAACUCACUGGAGUUCUGCAAUGCAGUCAUUCAGGUGGCUCACCCCAGCAUCAGGGACCAGCUGGUCAGCUACAUCUACAAUGGCUUUCUGGUGCCUGUGUUGGCACCGGCCCUCCACAAGCUGACCCUGGAGGAGGUGAUGACUACCACGGCCUAUCUGGACCUGUUCGUGCGGUCGGUGUCAGAGCCGGUCCUGCUGCAGACCUUCCUCUCCUUCAUCCUCCUCCACCGCCACGAGAACGUCCACAUCCUGGACACGCUGGUCAGCCGCAUCAACACACCCUUCCAGCUGGGUACUGUGUCUCUGGCUCUGUUCCAGACUCUCAUUGGACUGUACUGUGAGGAUGUGAUGCUGCAGCUCAUCUUGAGGUACCUGAUCCCCUGUAAUCACAUGAUGCUGAGCCAGAGACGCGUGGUGAAGGAGAGAGACUUCUACUCUGUGUCGGCCGCUAAGAUCCUGGCGCUCACACCCUCCUGCUGCUCCCCCGAACACAGCCCCCCACCCCUCAGACAGCUGGACUCCAUCCUCUGGUCAAAGGGUACAGACAGCAGUCCUAACACUGGCACCAUGGAGACCGAGGAGACCUUUUUGGAGGAGGAUGGCUCGGGCUACUCCUGCGUCAUCGGCUCUGAGAUCUACCUGGACGUCAACUACCUGCACUACCUUUACAACGCCCGCCUGGGCAUCAGCAGCUGCACCCGGGCCUGCCAGGUGUGGUCGGCCCCCUACGAUGGAGAGGACCCCCCUCCAGAGGAGUACCAACCCAGUGCCCUGGAGGAGGCUGGGGCCAGGGGACGCCAAGCCCAGACAGUCAACCCCAAGAGGUCAUAUCCACGGCCUCGUCCCCCCUGCCCGCCCCAGACCACAGACCCAGCCCCUACUAAUCAACUAGAGCUGGAGUGGGACGAUAGUUAUGAUGCCGGUCCGGUGGUGUCCCCCGAGGCUGCUGCUGCUGCUGAGAGUAGUAGACCUCCACAGCCGCCUGCAGCCGAGCCGCCCAAACACAUCCAGGAGAUGAGGAGGACUGCCAUCAUGCUGGUUAAGGGUUCCUACAUCGAGGAGUCUGACUUCCAGGAUGAUGCCAUGGUCUACAACCUUGUGGCAAAGAAGGACACCCGCGAUACUGUGGUUCGCCGCAGACCCAGCAGGGAGACACUACCGGAAUCUGAAAUGGACUCAGAAUUGAAACUUGAGGAGGACCAUUUCAAAGAAUCCAGUCUGCAGGAGAAGGAUGAGGUCCCCCUUAGCAAUGGCCUGAGUCUUCCACUCCAUCCCACCAACAUGGAGGUCAACGGCUCGGAGGUCUCAAAGGAGGUCAAAGCUCAUGUUGCGGACCACAACUCCAACCUCCAAAGCCCCACGGCUACUGAGGUGGGGGACGACCUCAUGGGUCAGUACGAGGAGCUGAUUCGUACGCUGGGCAGCGACGAGGCCGGGACUGGGGGGAGCAGCCCUGUGAAAACGGUGGACAAAGAGUUCCGGAAUCCUGUGGUCACCCCCAUGGAGGAGGACGAGGUGGACUUCAGCUCCUUCUCUAUGGAUACGCCAGAGCUGGAGAAGCAGCACUCGUCCCUGUUUGGGACCAAGCUCCGCAGUGGCAGCACUAGGAGCCAUUCGGUGCCUUUUACAGGGCCAUUUGUCAGUGUGCUGUUGUCACGUCUGGAGAACAUGCUGGAUAACUCUCUCCAUGUCAACCUCCUGCUGACUGGUAUACUGGCCCAGCUGGCUGCCUACCCCCAGCCCCUGCUGCAAUCCUUCCUCCUCAACACCAACAUGGUGUUCCAGCCCAGCGUGCGCUCACUCUAUCAGGUACUAGCCUCCCUUAAGAACCAGAUAGAGCAGCAAGCCUCAACCAAGAAGGACUUCCCAGAGCUGAUCACCUCCGCCCAGCACUGCCUCCUGGCCAGGGAGAGUUCACUCAAGGGUCAAGAUACAAACAGCGGAGACAGCCGAGAAUGUUCCCCCCUGGAGGCAGGAAGGGUGAUGAAGAGCUCUCCUCCUCCCCAGCCCAAGACCAUUUCCCUGGCCAGGACCGAGGUCUUCGCAACCGUCCUCUUCACAGAGUUCCUCAAAGAACUGGCGGCCAUUGCGCAGGAGCACUCAAUACUAUCACACGUCCCUAUGGAGGAGUAACGAUAUAAUAGCAUUGUAAUAAUGUUAUAAUAACAUUAUUAUUAUUAUUAUAAUGUUUUAAUAAUGUUAUGGUAGCAUUGUCUCACAGGGAAGUGAGUGUCUGUCCCUGACCUGUUGUGUCCACACGGGUCAUUUUAAACGUUUUAAAAAGACUCUUUGAAAGUGUUUCAUGUUUUCCAACACUACUUGAUGAAGAAGACUAUACCUCUUCGAUUGAUUCACUCGUCUUUUAUCUCUCUCCCUGAGGUAGUUUUUAAAUUGGGAUAUAUAUAUAUAUAUAUAUAUAUAUAUAUAUAUCGGUUGUUAUACGGUUGUUAUAUAUAUAUAUUUUUUUUUAUUUGAGGCUAAUAUAUUUUUCCAAACCAAUAUAUAAAAACGGCGGGCUCUGAUGUACAGUAACACAUAACAUACAGGAAUCUCUCAUCCAUUUGAUGCAUUUGCCGUUGAUACCCCCUCAGACAGACUCAUAUGUAUAUGGCUCUGCCCUCAGAGAGUUGUAUGCAUAGGCCUGUGUCACAUCCAAGGAGCAGGUCAUGUGAUUUAUAAUGACUGGAAAGUACUGACCUACUUCAAGCCUUUGGUGGAACCCCUGCACCAACCAAUAAGAAUGCUGAAAUGGAAGCUUGGGGCUAAUCGACCAAAGACCGAAUAGAAUGGAACAGGCUGAAUGGAACAAUGAGAAGUUAAUGAUACACAAAGGGCACAUAAUCUGUCCCUUUAAGCUUUUAGACUACAAUAUUGCAUUCAUAAAUGUCAGUGUACUGCCCUGGUAGCAACAGCCUCUCCAGUGACCAGCUCUAGUUGUCUUGUAGUGAUGGCCACCAUAUAAUGGGGACUUAUACGUGGCCUUACCGAAAUCUCUGGUGGUGCUGUGUUGUCACCCUGGGGUUGCAUGCUGUACUGGAAAUAAUCAGGAGCCUAUUUUGUCAGGAUUUCUCCCUGCGGAAUAUUCAUCACUAAUUAAAUUGUAUUUGUCACAUGCUUUGUAAACAACAGGUGUAGACUAACAGUGAAAUGCUUACGGGCCCUUCCCAACAAUGCAGAGAGAAAGAAAAUAGAGAAAUAGUGGAAAAGUAAUAAUAAAUCCACAAUGAGUAACGCUAACUUGGCUGUAAACACGGGGUACCAGUAACAAGUACCCUAGCAGCACCUCUCUAAACUCUACAGGUUAGCGCGUUGGUGUUAGAAGUGGGAUGCUAGUGGGAGUCACAUUCAUCUCAUACUUACUUUAUGAGUUGGUGUAGACCAUGGCAUUCACUAAUGUUAUGUGUCUGGUGGUCGUUGUUGUUCAAAACUCUUGAGUGAAGGAGAGGCCUAGUAACUUAGAAGAUCAGGCUCACUGUACAGAACAAGUUUGUGUGUCGCUAAAUACCUUAAAUCAAAUACUUUUUGUUCAAUAGACAUAUUUCAUUGAUGUUAUGUUUUCAAUGCACAUUAGAUAUUCAAUUUAGACGUUUUUUAAAAUUUUAUUUAGGGAUAUACUUAAGGACACUGGGUUCUUCUGACGUCAAUUCUCAAUGCUGCGGCUAACUCCAUUUUCCCAUGGUGCACCAGGUCCUGUCCACUGAAUGCACGUUAUUUAUAAUGAAGUCUCUCUAAAAGGAGCUUUCCAUAUCAGGGUGAUGCACUCAAUGUUUGCAUCCAAACAACACCUUAUUUCCUAUGUAGUGCACUACUUUUGACCAUAUAAAUCAAGAGUAGUGCACUAUAUGGGGUAAUGGGUGCCAUUUGGGAAGCCCUCAAUGUCUUAGCCUUAUUUUAGUACUUUAUGUAUAUAACUGGGGAAAAACAUCAAAGAAGCAGCACACUAUGCAAAUCAUUAUUGAUAUUUUAGGUAUAAAGAGUACUUUAUUACCUUUUUGUUUCCUGAUGGGGUUGGGUAUUUAAUACAGAAUGUACUUAAUGUAACUGUUUUGUAGAGAGAGGUUCUGUUGCCAUAUUUUUUCACAGAAGUUGUAUAACUUGAGUUGUUCUGUCUUCUCGUUGCUAUAUUAGGGAAUGCAUGUUUCUUGUUUGUUUUUAUGAGUCAAGUUGGGGAAAAUUGGAAUACAUCACUGUUGGUUGGUUCAUUGAUUAUUUGGCACAUUCAUUUUAGCAGUGUGUUGGCCAACUCUCACAGGAAGACAUGGGUAACCUGAAAUCCAAGCUGAUAUGCUCCAUUUCACCAUUGUUUAAGUUUCAAUUCCAGACUAAGACAUGGUCUACCAUUAGCAACAAAUAAAUAGCCUUGAUUUUAAUUGACUUAAUUUUAUUUAAGGUUUAGAUUUCAACCAAGGAGACAUUUUGUUACAAUGCCUGUCCCUAUUAAAUCAGUAUGUUAGGGAAGAACUACCUAAAAAUUGGUGCCUGAAUUUUGAAUGAAUUUCCUCCUGUUGCUUAAAGUGUCUACUCUGGGCUAAGCAUGGUCAUGUUCAGUAGGCAUAAAAGUGAGCUUAUCCAUUUAGAAAUACUCUUUUUCAUUGCAAAACCUUUUCCUAUGGUGCAUCCUAAUGAGCAUGACCCUAGGGAUGAAUGUGGAUGCAGCUGCAAAGUCAAAAAUAUACCACUGUCUGCUCGAACUAGUCCACAACGACCGAUGGACAGUUAUGGAAUGCAUCAUUUCUUGCCAUUGCUAAAUGUGGUGAUGUACUACAUAUUUUCUUGUAGUAGAAUGUUGUGUGGAUCACAUUUAUUUCUUAGAGACACAGUUCUCUUCAGUUGCGUAGAGGUUUCAUUCCAAAGAGAAGUAGUCUAGUUUCGCCCUUUCUACAACUAUUAGCAUCCAUUUUAGAUGUCAGCGAUGACCUUGUCAGGUUACUCCACUGUGUAUUCUUCUGUCAUUAAAGUCAGAGGUUCCAAGGAAUGAUUAUUUUAAUAAAGACAUCUCUUGUCCAACGAA